AUGGCGAACAACGGAUCGCAAACCGAGGACUUGCUGAAGGGGCCUCUAUAUGUUUACGACCUUCCCUCCAAGCUUCUGUCAAACCUGACAAUCAAAUCCAACGCGCAACUUGUCGCAACGCUACCAACGGACACAGUCGCUACUCCUAUCGAACCUUCUGAUCGCGAUACCGCUGUUCCAGCGUCAAACUCAUGUACACUCUGUCAAACAUCUUUUCAAAAUGUGCAAGAGCACCGUGAGCACGCUCGAUCGGACCAUCAUCGAUAUAAUGUCAAGGCACAAUUGCGGGGCAACCGACUGCUGAACGAGGCGGAAUUCACCAAGGCGAUCGGAGAAAUUGACGAGUCGAUAUCGGGUUCGGAAAGCUCGGAGUCAGAGGAAGAUACCUUUGAACCUCAUGCGUCCGAUUCAAACCUAGUGGCGCUAUUGAAAAGACAGGCAAAAAUCUCGCAAGACGAAGGCACGGCGGCACCGCAAGAGAAUAAUACGCCGAACAGGCAGCCCAUAAUAUGGUUUUCUAACCCCGACCUUCCCAAGAACACGGCCUUGGGUGUAUACAAGGCAAUUUUCUCGAAUGAGGAACAGCAAGAACCAGAGCAUAUCGUUGAUUCCUUGCGAAAGAAGCAACUAGAGCCUAUCAAAAGGGUGCUUAACACCGACAAAACUCCUUUGAAUUAUGGACCACAUAUCUUCAUGUGCAUGAUCGGCGGUGGCCACUUUGCUGCGAUGAUUAUCGCACUUGCGCCUGAGAUACAAAAGCGACAGGGAGGUAUCGAAGAACGUCAAGCUAAAGUCCUUGCACACAAGACUUUCCACCGCUAUACCACACGUAGGAAACAAGGUGGCGCUCAAUCUGCUAGCGACGCAGCCAAGGGUGCUGCGCAUUCGGCUGGUUCAAGCCUCAGAAGGUAUAACGAGGCUGCGUUGGAAAAUGACAUUCGCUCUCUACUUAAGGACUGGAAGGCUAUGAUUGACACAGCACAACUCAUAUUUGUUCGGGCAACGGGUAAUACUAACCGAAAGACUCUAUUCGGCUCAUACGAAGGACAAGUGCUUCGAAAUAAUGACCCUAGAUUGCGAGGCUUUCCGUUCAGCACCCGUCGUGCCACCCAAACAGAACUCAUGAGGUGCUUCAAGGAACUCACUCGAGUCAAAGUUAGUCAAAUAGAUGAAGCUGCUUUGGCCGCUGCACAAGCAAAGCAGCGCGAGACGAGUGCCAAACCCGUCAAACCAGCUCCUCAACCAGCGGCUCCAAAAUUAUCCGAAGAGGAGGAGGCUGCAAUGCUACAUACCUCACAAAUCCAAGCGCUUAUUCGCCGAUCGAAAGCGCCAGCUCUCUUAUCCUAUAUCUCGAACAAUGCUAUUCCUCCGUCUUUCAAAUUCUUCCCCGCAGACGCACUUCAAAACCACCACGCCCCUACUCCACUACAUCUUGCCGCCUACUCCGAUUCCCCUGCGCUAGUCAUCUCUCUUAUAACGAAAGCCAAACUUGAUCCUACUUUGAAGAAUGACGAAGGAAAGACGCCGUUUGAUCUUGCUGGAGAUCGUGCCACCCGUGACGCGUUCCGAGUGGCGAGGCAUGAAUUGGGUGAAUCGGCCUGGGAUUGGGAAGCCGCGCAUGUGCCAUCACCGGUAUCUCAGUCCGAAGUGAGCCAACGUCAAGCGAAGGAGAAAGAAGAAGCCGCGAAAGAGGAAGCCAGCCGUCGCAAAGCCGAGAUGGAACGAUUGAAAGCUGAAGAUGCUGCCAAUGCUGCCGCCGUGGAGAAGCGCAAGAAUGCCGGCGGCAAGAAGUUGGCUUCUCUAGACAAGACGGCCACAGAGAAGCGAGAAGAUGAGAUGCGUGGAAUGACACCCGAGAUGAGGAUGAGGUUAGAAAGAGAGCGCCGUGCUCGAGCUGCGGAGGAAAGAAUUCGUCGCAUGCAAGGAAGUUGA